GAAGUAAAGAAGAACGAAAGCUAACGCCAUUUCUCAAGAACAUAACGAAGAAGACGAAGGAAGACAAGAAAGAAAUCCGCGAAAAUUCUCCAAAAGAGAAAGAAAUAUAGUUAUCCUACAAUUAUCUUUCUAAUCUCGAUUAUUAAUCUAAUCAGGUUUGAGCUCCAUUUUGAAGAAUUUCCUAGGAUAUUGUGGCAAUGGGACUGAGUUGAGUGAGUGAUGUACUGACUUUAAGUAACUUGAUACAAGUUUCUUGAACUCAGCAUCUGAGUACUUUGAUAAGAAUUUGCAAUCUUUAGUUAGAGUGGCUUCAUCCAAAAGUGGUGUUGUAGACAUCCAGAAUUGAAUUGUCUGAAGGAGCUUGUCUGAAGCUGGAGUCUUUGAACUACAUAUCAACUCGGGUACUCUUUAUUUGGCAUACAAGAAUAGCAAACUGUUCGGUAGGACCCUGAACUGAGCUGGUAUUUAUGUAAGUGUGUGGAUUCUGCUGGAGGAGCAAUUGGGGAGCUUUGGAAAGUGUCAAUUCACUACCUCUCUAUGCUUCUUUUGUUUUCAAGCCUGUCAGUGGAAUCUGAUGGCUGUUCCCUCACUGGAACCACAGCCUGAAGCCCAAACAGACAGAUAUCCUUUGCUGAUGGAGCGGCCUGUAGAUUACAGCGGCCAAGACCAUGUUAUCGAUAUCGCUACUAGCACUAGGGCUAGUGUUGCUUCUUCAUCUAGUUCUCCCGGAGACCGUACUUCCGAUCAUGAUGCAUCACAUCAUGAUGAUGGUCCUUCUAGUAGCAUACCGGCUCCUGUGUCUCAAUCUUCCUCACCUUCCUCCCCCACAUCAAACUCUAGAAGUUCUGCUUUCCGAAGGAGAGGUGAUGGCUAUGGCCGCCGCCACAGGAGCCCUUUGAAUUCGAAGCUAUGGAUUUCCAUUGAACUUGUUGUUACCAUUAGCCAAAUAAUUGCAUCAGUUGUUGUCUUAUCAUUGUCAAGAGAUGAGAAUCCACAAACACCACUAUUUGCAUGGGUCGUGGGAUAUGCAUUGGGCUGCGUUGCUACCCUUCCUGUUCUUUACUGGCGUUAUCUCCACCAUAACAAUCAGACCACUGAACAAGAAUCGACACAUAUACGUCAGGGUUCUUCUGGAAACAACCCUCCUUCCAGACCUACUUACAAUACGUCGAAUUCUCAGGCUCUGGAAGAGGCAGACCACCAUUCCACAGGUGCUACUGAGGUGAAUUCACAAAGUACGGGAACAGGAACAUUGAGUUCAAGGCUAAAUGUGCUAGUAGACCACUUCAAAAUGGCGUUAGAUUGCUUCUUUGCAGUAUGGUUUGUGGUUGGCAACGUGUGGAUCUUUGGUGGGCAUACCUCUUCCUCCGAUGCUCCAAAAUUAUAUAGCUUAUGUAUAGUGUUUCUUACAUUUAGCUGUAUUGGGUAUGCCAUGCCAUUUAUUCUCUGUGCAACAAUCUGCUGCUGCUUGCCUUGUAUUAUUUCUGGCUUGGGCUUACGAGAGGAACCGUCUCAUACCAGAGGAGCCACUCCAGAAUCAAUCGGCUCAUUGCCAACCUACAAGUUCAAGUCAAAGAAAAAUGGAAACAGAGGAGAAAGUGAAAUAAACGUGGAAGGUGCUAACGAGGGUGGAAUCUUGGCACCUGGUACUGACAAGGAGCGGAUAGUUUCAGCAGAAGAUGCUGUUUGUUGCAUUUGCUUGGCGAGGUACGUGGACAAUGAAGAACUCCGGGAGUUGCCCUGCACCCAUUUCUUCCACAAGGAAUGCAUAGACAAGUGGCUUAAGAUAAAUGCGUUGUGCCCCCUCUGCAAGUCUGAGGUGGGGGAGACUGUCGGCUCAUCUGCAUUUAGUGUCAAUUCCAACAGGCGGUAGGACGAGAGGAGACAUGAGAGGUGGGGCUGCUGGUGAUGCAUGCAGGAGCCCCGUGCAGUGUAUGAGUUUGGUGUUGUAGAUGGCCCACCAUAAGAUGGAGCCCCAUCGACCACUGGAUUUAGAUGCUGCAUUGGCCUCGACCAAUGUUUCAGUAACUGAUUUCGGGAAGGUCAGUAUGCAAGUGGUUGGAUUGGCAUGGUUGGGAUGAUAUAUAAUGUAAAGAAAAGAAAGUGUAUUGUUUAUGAACAAGAGAGGUUAAUGAACGGAUCGGAUUGGUUUGGUUUGGAAAGCUGGAUGAAUGUACUGGGUUUUGACCACUCUGAUCAGCCAGCCAAUGAGCUGUUGCAGACCGUUCUUUAUUGGCUUGUCAUGAUCGUGUGGUAAGUACCUGGCCCUUGAUCUCUGCGGUCCAGUGAAAAGAUAAGCAAGUUAAUGCAAUGUGGGCUAUUGUUCCUAUUUUU